UGUUCGGCAAUACUCGAUGAUCAGAUUUUGACGCGUUGCUUGCUGCUGCACCGGUUGUUCACGAACAAUUUGACAGCGUGUGAUUCAUUGGAAAUCACAAUUAUUGUUAUUACCCAAAAGGCAUAUACCAAAGAGAAACGACCCCAGCUGCAUCUCAAUUGCGGAGCCAGCGUUGGAAAUCAUGCUGUUCAAAAACAUAACACGAUGCAUAAGCACCAACAACGUUCUGUGGCAGGCCAGCAACAAGUCUCUAUUGGCCAAGUUGAGGAAGAAAACAGGUUACACAUUUGCAAAUUGUAAAAAAGCUUUGGAACUUCAUGAGAACGACGUAGAGAAGGCAGAAAAGUGGUUGAGAGAUCAGGCUCAAGCUCUGGGCUGGUCGAAAGCUCAGAAGCUCCAAGGAAGAACAACUAGUCAAGGUCUUAUUGCAGUAAUCACAAACCAAGCUCACGGUGCACUUAUUGAAAUCAAUUGCGAGACAGACUUUGUUGCCAAAAACAAAGAUUUCCAUGGACUCGCUGAAGUUGUAGCUGACGCUGUUCUCAAACAUAAUCUUAGUGUUGGAUUGAAUGGUCACAACAGAUUUAUGUUGGAUGCAGAUGCUCUAAAAUCAUUGUCAGCUCAUGAUGGAAUUAGUGUAGCUGAUCAUUCUGCACUGGCAAUUGGUACUCUAGGAGAAAAUAUAGCUGUCAAGCGUGCCCUGUGUAUGAGUGUUCCCAAUGAUGUACAUCUUGUUGGAUUUUCUCAUCCUGCUGCCAGUGAACCUGGAAAAGUUUUAUAUGGAAAGUACGGUGCAUUGUUGGCAUUCAAAACUCAAGAUGAUCCAAUUGAAUUAGGAAAACAAUUAUGCCAACAUAUAAUUGGUAUGAAUCCAACCAAAAUUGGUAAUCCAGAAGUUGACGAACCUGCUCAAAGUUCUGAUGACGAAGCUACUUUGAUACAUCAAGAGUUCAUUCUAGACCCCACUAUUAAAGUUCAGCAAUUGUUAGACGAAACAAAUACUCAAAUCUUGGACUUUGCAAGAUUUGAAAUGGGAGAAAGUAUCGAGGGACAGCAAGAUUUAGACGCUGUUGAGACAGCUGGGUGAAUGAAUUAGUUCAAACUUGUAAAGAAAAAAAUUCAAAUGUUAAUUUUCACUGACUUGUUGACAAAAAUUAUGCUUGAAGCAUAAAAAAUAGUUUAAUGUACAAAUAGCGAGUGUUUUUUUAGAAAAACAAAAAACCUAAUACAACA